UACGCUCGAUUUAACAAAAAUGAAUCAAAAAUUUCGGUCGAAUUAUCUAACGAUAAUUUAAGCGUUGAUGAAGCCACGAAAUUUGUAUCAUCACCAAAUUGUGGUGCAAUAUCCAUAUUCAUAGGUACAACACGAAUCAAUGAAAAUGAUUCGAGCAAAGACAAUUGUCAUGUUGUCAAAUCACUUUAUUAUGAAGCUUAUGAUCAAAUGGCAUUGGCUAUGAUGCGAGAAAUAGUUUCAGAUAUUAUAUCCAAACAAAAUGAUGAUGAUCAAUCCUAUACAAAAGUAUAUGUACACCAUAAACUUGGUCAUGUAGCGUUAGGUGAAACAUCGAUUAUUAUAGCGGUAUCAUCACCACAUCGAACGACCAGUCAUCGAAUGGUGAUGGAAAUAUUGAAUAAAAUUAAACAAAAUGUACCAAUAUGGAAAAAAAUCCAAUUUCAAGACACGAAUACUGACGAUGGCCAAUGGAGUGAUAAAAGUGAAGCAUUCUGGCUACAAUCAUAGAUCAUUGUUUAUAAAAUCGUUCAUCUAAGUUUAUAUAUAGCCAGUCUGUGGCAAUUAAUUAAUUUAAUUACAUUACAUUUACAGUUGAUAAUUGAAUCCAUCUUGAUUUGAUGAUAGAUCAGCCAUAUAAAAUCCAUUAGCUCGA